AUGUCUGCAACUUGUGGCAUCUGGGGCCUAUCUGUCAUUGAUGGCCUGGUGGAAGACGAGAAACGCAGAGAGCUAGAAAAACAGAAAGAGUUAGAGAAAGAGAAGGCUAAUAAAUCAUUCCAACCUUCAGGUGACGCCGCCAAGGGUGCCGGUCUUUUCAAGACUCGCUGUGCUUCCUGCCACACCCUCGAGAAGGGUGGUGCCAACAAGGUCGGCCCUAACCUCUUCGGCCUCUUCGGCCGCAAGUCCGGCCAGGUCGAGGGUUUCUCCUACACCGAUGCCAACAAGGACAAGGGUGUCACCUGGGACCACGACUCUCUCUUUGAGUACCUCGAGAACCCAAAGAAGUACAUUCCCGGCACCAAGAUGGCGUUCGGUGGUCUCAAGAAGGCCAAGGACCGCAACGACCUGAUCACCUACCUCGAGGAGAACACCAAAUAA